CUGCUGUGCCACUUUUACUUCCUGUUUUGCGUGAGAAAUGUUCAAGCGGUAGAAGUUAUAGUAAAUUUUAUUCAAUAUGUCAGGCUAUCAACAUCCUGUGUUUUUUGAGGCAAACAACCUCUCUGAUGGGGACAAAAAGAAGAUUAGAAAUUAUUUUACAAUCAGGAGGCAGUCUGGAGGAGGAGAGUGUGGAGAAGUGGAAAAAGUGGGAGACAACACCUAUAAGAUAAGCUUUUCUGAAAAAACAGCACAAGACAGAGUAUUAAGUAAACCUGAACAUACAAUCAAUGUCACUGGACGAGAAAAUUUACAUAUCCUGAUAAAACAACAUGACACUCAAGAAGAAAAACAGCUUCUGCCACAUUCCACAUCUGAUCCACCAGAUGCUGCCUCACUUAACAUGCAUACGGCCUCAGGGAAUACACUUAUGCAGAAAGUGCUUAAACUCGAUCCAUAUUUACUGCGCUAUCUGAAAGACAAUUCAAUAGCAAAGUCAGAUUUGGAAGAUCAACUCUCCUCAUUGCUAAGUACCUUUCAGUUGGACAUCGUCACUGAAACAGUAGUGGUAGUGAGGGAUGCAGUCCAAACAGUCCAAACAGGUCAAACUGAUGUCCAGCAGAAAUGGGAAGCAAAGGUGGAUAUUGUGUUCUCAGAACUACAAGAUCGUUAUAUUAUCCGUUUCGAGGUGGACCCUGUUAGGUUGGAGAUUCUACAAAAAAACUCUUGCUUGUUCCCACAAAACCUUGGAAUUUAUGAGGAAAGUGGUUUAUAUGUGAUUGUUGGUGAAAAAGGAAGUAGACAAAUUUGUGAAAGUUAUAGACAAUUUGCUGAUGAUGCAGCAAGCUCACAAAGAAUGCCACGUGUCUGAGACACGUUAUGCACUUGUGAAAGAAAAGUAUGAGCAGGAGAUAAAGUCAAAAUUUUCAAUAAUUCAAAUUGGACAGGAGCAUCCUGGCUGUCUUGUCCUAAAGGGUCCGGAAGAACAAAUCAAUUCAGCAGCAACAAAGCUUCAAGAGAUGCUUAAUCAUAUUCAAGAGAAAAGAAUUUCACUGCCGCAUCCUCUCAAAGCAUUUUUGUCAUCUAGUGGUGCUAUUCAGGUCUUUCAGACACGGUUUCGGCAGAACUUCUGCAGUGAGGUUUUGUUUGAUGACACAGGCUCCAGCUUUGAUUUGGUUCUGCUGAGUUUGUCCACAGGAGCACUUCAGGAAGCAGCAAAUGCAAUACAGAGAGACCUGUGUGUGGAGACAGUGCUGCUGGAACAAGCUGAAUCUGUGUCACCAGCAAUAGAUAAUUUGAAGAAUGCUUUGAGUCCUGCAUUACAGCAGGCUAAUCGAGGAUCUUCUAAAGUGGAACUUAGCUACAAGUCAGGGUCACUGUCUGACUAUGGAAUGAAAGUGGAACUGGUGGGCUACAGCAAUGAAGUCAAUAAAUUAAAAAAUAUUAUACAGGAGUAUAAGCAAAACUACAUGAAAUACAGCGACUCUGUGUCUCUACCUUCAGUAGAACUGGUGGAUAAAUUUUCUGAACUUCUGUCACUGCUACGUGUGACAGCAACCGAUGUAAAUCUAAUGCCAAAAUCCUCCCCUCAUGCAUGUGUCCAAAUCUCAGGACCUCGGUGUAAAGUAGCUGACAUGAAGAAGAAACUGCAGUCAUCAUUUUGCCAUCUAAUUAUGAGAAAAAUUUUAGUGGAUGGUCCUGGAGUCCUGCAGUUCUUUCAAGAGGAAGGUUUAAAAACACAAGCAUUAUUGCAGAGUUCAUGUCAAGUUCUGAUAUUCCCUCAAAACAAUGUCCAAACCAGUACUGCAACAGCUGGAAACACAGUCUUUACCAGUCUCCCUACUUUACCUACUUAUGUGUCACCUUCCGUUCACCCUGUGGCCCUGGAAAUUAUAUUUGGAGGUCUUGAAAAUCAGCAGGCUGAUAUACUUGUUGCCCCCAUGUUGAAUACAAACCUGAAAUCAACUAUUGUUGGGAAAUCCUUGCUAGAUAAAGGUGGUCAGCACUUUCAGAGUAAUUUUGAUGCUGCCAAAGGAAGAUGUAGAAUUACACCUGGAGAUGUGUUGGAGGUUGACGGGACUCCAUUAGGGUGUGACAAGGUUUUCUUUAUUGAGUGUGCACCUUGGACUGGAAACACACACAAUAGUGAAAAGGCCUUACGCAGUGGACUUAAACGAGCUCUGGCACUUUGUGAACUGCAUGCAUGCAACUUAGUCGCUUUUCCAGUAAUUGGACCAGGAGUGGCACUGGCUGUACCUAUUAAAAAUGCAGCUGACAUUCUCACAGGAGAGAUUAGGACAUUUAGCCUUUCACAAUCCACUGGUUCUCUAAGGGCCAUAAGAAUUGUAAUAAUGCCUAACUACCCAGAUUCUGAAGAGAUCUACUGGGCAGUCAAUACUGACUUAAAUGCAAUAAUGGUGGAUCACACAGGACAGGCCGCCUUUCAGUCUCUAAGCUCUGAAAUUGACGAUGUCACCAUCCCAGUGUCCACAUGUCAGCUUCGUAUCAUAUUUGGAGACAUCAGCAAUGAGACUACUGAUGUCAUCGUAAACACCACAGAUUUUACUGACUUACAGACAGAUGUCUGCAAUGACAUUCUGACUAUUGCUGGACCACAAGUCAGGGCUGCAAUAAACAGAGUGCAGGUAAACAAAGGAGAAAUCUGUAUCACUCAGCCUGGAGAAUUCCCCUGCAAAGUGAUUAUGCAUGUGUGUGGAGCAAAGGAUUUAGAAGUUAUUAAAAAACUGGCACGAGACAUCCUUCUUAAAUGUGAACAAAGUGGCUACGGAUCAGUGGCCAUUCCUGCUAUUUGUGCUGGUAAAGGAGGAUUGAAUGCCCGUCUGGUUGCCCAGGCUAUUCUGCAGGGUGUGAAAGAUGCUACAAUACAAGCUAACUUCAAUAGUGUUCAAAGAAUUCACAUUGUUCUGAUGAAAAUCCAUGUUUUUCUGGAGUUCAAAGCAAUGGCACAGCAGAUCUUUGGCCAAUUUAACCAGCAGACAGCACCUUUGCUGUACAGACCUCACAGAGCAUCUACAUCUUCUUUGAGCCUAAGUUUAAGCUCUCUUGUUCAAUCUCUUCCAGACCAGCAUGACAGUGCUGACUUUCUUGUAGUGGGUUUAACUGAUGAUAAUGUCUCAAAGGCCUGUCGAGAGCUUCCUCAAGCAUAUAAAAGCCAUUGCUCUUCUCAUGUUGUUUCACAAGAGGAACUUAAACACUUCAGUCCAGCUGAGGUGGAUAAUCUUAUCAAUAAUGUGAGACGUCUGGGUAUUCAGAUAAGCCAACGGGGCCCUGAUGGGUUGGAAGUUUAUGGACUGACAAAAGGGGUAAAUGAAUUCACACAACUGAUAAAAGGAGCUCUUCUCAGGCAGAUGAGAGAGAAAGAGCAGGACAUAGUUUUUUCACAUGUCAGCUGGUGUAUUUUGGGAUUAAGAGGAAUCUGGGAAAGGUUGCCGAAAGAGGCUCAUCAUCAGCUGGAAAACAAUAUUGUUGGUGGAGGGAUACUGGAUGCACAAGCACAAAAAUGGACAGUAAAUCUUACAAUCAUGGAGGCAAAAGCAAAGGGGUCAAAUGCUGUGACAAAACUCAAACGAUUGGAGAACUUGCCAGAUUUCAAUCUUCCACUUUACUGGGACAGUAUGAAUGCAGGGGAUGUUAAAAAGGUGGUUAAACUGCACCCCAGCUCUGCUGAGUACAAAAAAGUGAAAAAUGACUUCAAGAGAACAGUUGCAAAAGCAGUUGUCAAGAUCGAGCGCAUUCAAAAUAUUCACCUUCGUCGGGCAUAUGAAGUUCGUAAGAAAGAGUUGCAGAAUAAGAACGGGGUCAUUGGGGCAGGAGAGAAAGUGCUAUAUCACGGGACCACAGCUGAUGCCUGUAAUUCUAUAAUGCACAGUAACUUUAACCGCAGAUUUGCCGGACAGAACGCAACAAUGUAUGGACUCGGGACAUACUUUGCUUUAAAUGCCAGUUAUUCGGCCAAUCCCACAUACUCUGUACCUGCAACAGAUGGGACCCAGCUCAUGUUUGUGACACUUGUCCUAACUGGUCAUUGCACACAGGGACAACGUGACAUGAUUGUUCCGCCUCCUCGCUCAUCACAUGAUCCUAAUGACAGAUUUGACAGUGUGGUCGACAACAUGCAGAAUCCCAGCAUGUUCGUGGUGUUUCAUGACUGCCAGGCUUACCCAGACUACCUCAUCACAUUUAAAUGAGGGCAUAGUUGCAGCUCCCUGCUAGGUUGAAAACAAAAUACAAUUAGAUACAAACAUUUAUAACCAGUCUUAGUUGACUAAAAUGCUAAAUGAGGACUAAACAGUGUUGGGAGAAUUAAAAAUGUUAUCCCAGGAAUAAUAGUGCAACUGUUUAGACAUUGUAAUCAAAAUUCAUUUUUAAUCUGCAUCUACAGGGCAAAGCAGGGGUUAAUACCCAUACACAAUAAAAAAAAAAUGAUGGAAUAUUUCACCCAUAUUCUUUGGAGCUGCCCCCAUGUUUCUUUUUAUUGUGAAACUACAAUAAACAAAGAUUUGCUUCACUUUAA